AUGGUCGACAGGGCGGGUGUAACACACCACGAGAACCCUGUUGAUACCUGUUUGUGUAUGUGGAUGCGGUCUGCGGUGGGUGCGUGUCCGCGCAGCCGGCACCGUGUGCGGCGCAGGGCCAUUGCGACUGUGCGUGUGGCGCUGCUUGUGCUGUUGGCGCUGUUUGCUGCUGCUGCGUGGGUGCCCGCGGUGCAUGCGGUGGUGUUGCGACUGCGGGGCGGCACGGUGGACAGAGCCAUCACGGUUGGCCGCGGCGUGGACACGGUGCUGAUGGACGGCGUGUCCAUCACGAACGGCGUGGCUGUUGUGUUUGACGUGCCGGCGAUGCUUCCCGGCCCGCUGCGCAUCGAACUGAGGAACUGCGUGUGCGACGGCGGCGCGCAGAUCUACGUGCGGGGCUACAGCGGCGAGCCGGCGAGUGACCGGAGCCUGGAGGUGAGCGUGAGCGGGCUGUCCGGCGGCUACUGCUCCCUUGUGUUUGUGCACAACCUGCCGGCACACACGAACGUGACGGUCCGUGACUCGACGAUUGUGACGGCGGGACCGAUGCGCUACUCUCAGCUGGGAGGGCUGACGGACGCGGUGGCGUCGCCGCUUGUGCUGCACGCGACGUCGCUGUUGCACACGCAGCUGCGUGUGAGCAACACUGUGCUGAGGUCUUCGCAGGCGGGCGGGUCGGCGGUGCACGUUGGCGGCGGCGUGGACCUGCUGUCGAGCGCGGUGGUGCUUGACGGCGUGUUGCUGGAGGCGUUGGGCGGUCCGACCGCGUCCGCGAUGCGUGUGGCGUCCUCGUCGCGCCUCAGUCUGCGGAGCCACUCGGUGUUCUCCGUGACGAACGUGUCGGUAGUGAGCAGCGGCGGCAUUGUGCUCGGAGAGCGCCUCGCGGUGCUUGAUUCGGUGCUGCGCUUCGUGGGCGUCGAGGGGUCUGUCGCGUCGUCGCUGGUGCGCUGCGACGGUGGGACGUUCGGUGUCGGCGGGUGGGUGGAGCUGCACGACGUGUGGGCGGUGGGCGAGGCGUCGUCGGUGGCGUCGCUGUCGGGUGUGACGUUGAGCGGCGGUGCCGUGUCGAUUGCGCGCUGCACUGCCACCGGCGCGACGCUUGUCUCCGGACUGGCGAUCACGAGCGGCGUCGUGUCGGUGCAGUGCAACCGUGCCGGCGGCCGGGUGCUGCAGAGCAGCGGCGACUACCGCAUGGCCGGCCUGCCCUCCGUGAGCGUGGUGCCGUGCGACGGCUGUGCGGCUGCGCUGGCGUGCUUUGAUGCGCUGACGGCUUCGUUCACCGACUGCGUGUGCGGCUGCCGCGCCGGCGGCGUGGGCGAGGCGUGCCUGCCGUUCGACGUGCCGCUUGCGAGGGCCGGCGGCGGUGGUGGCGGUGGGCAGGAUUGCGUGAGUGGCGUGACGCUGACGGAGUCAGUGACGGUUGGCGGCGGGCAGGCGACGGCGUGCCUCGACUCGGUGGUGUUCAGCGGGCCGAUCACUGUGGCGGUGAACCUGCGCUCGAUGGACGCGUUCGCCGACGCGCUGGACGUGACGCUGCGCCACUGUGUGCUUGCGGGUGGCGCGCAGCUGCGGAUUGGUGGCCUCAGCGAGAUCACGGCGCGCCUGAUGCCCCACGCCCUCGUCAACUUGACGAACGUGACGUCGCUGGAGGGCACGAUUGUGCUGCAUGGCGCGAUGCCGCCGAAUUCGAGUGUACUGCUGGCGAACUCAACGCUGCGCGCGACGGUUGGCGGGUCGCAGUACGUGCCGACGACCCUUGGCCAUGCGGGAUCCCGGUACGGCCCCGUGCUUGUCCUGGACGGUGUCCGGCUUCUGUCGACGCGGUUUGUCAUGACGCGGUCGUUGCUGGUGUGUGGCGGGGACUCGUGCGCUGCGAUCCUCGUGGAGCGCGGCCUUGACGUGAAAUUGUCCAGCGUCUUCUACAUGGACAACUGCGCUGUAAAGUCGCGGACGCACGUGAUGUACGCUCUUGCGUCGGACCUGCGUGUCAGCGGUGGCUCCUUGUUUUCGGUGCAGAACAGCUCGUGGAGUGCGCCGAGCAUCGAAUACUACGAAGGCGCGUGUAUGUUCAGGGAUGUUGCGAUGGUUGGCGGCAGCGUGCUGCAGAUUGUGUCUAGCGAGUUCCGUCUUGGCUUCGCCAUGCUCAUGGCAAACACGCUGACUGUGACUGAUGGCAGCUGGCUGGUGCACCGCGACAACGAGUUCCGCACCGCCUACGUUGUGCACGUGGACGGUGAGAACGGCAUGGCGUUUCGCGGUCGGAGUGUGUGGUCGAUACUUGACAACAGCUUCACUUACGGCUCGUACUCGUCGACCAUUGUAAGUAUGACAAGCAAGUGGUCACCACCAUCAGACACGCACCCGAUCAUAUACGGCGUGUGCAACGAGGCAAGGGGCUCUCCUGUGACGGAUUACCGAGACGACCUCAAUAUUGGAGUGCCCGUGACGGUGUUGGACUGCGGCGCGUGCACGGUGGACGCCGUGUGCUUUGCAGCGAGGACGAGCAGCAUCAGCGGCUGUGAAUGCGUGUGCGCUGCUGGCGGCCACGGUGACACGUGUCUACCAGCUGCGGUUCCGGACGGCCUUGGGCCGCUCCCGCUCCCCGAUGCGAAGGACACGGAGGUCCGCUGCGUGCACGGUGGCAGCAUCAGCUCCGUGUACGAUCCUGAUCCCGGUGUGCGUGGUCUGUGCUUUGUCAGCGUAACCUUCACCGCCGCGAUUGUGCUGGACCUGUUGCAUUUUGACGCGCCAGAACAGACACUCAACAUCACGCUGCUGCAGUGCGUCCUCAUGGGCCUGUCGAUCAAGGGGAGUGGUGUGCGAGUGCACGUGAGCGUGACAUCUUCGAUGUUGGAUUCUGGUGCAUUGGAGUUUGAGGGCGAUUUUGGCGUGAACUCCCAGAUACUGGUGGUGGGCAGUACGCUUGUGACGACGUCGAGCCACGCCAUUGCCUUUUUGGAUUUUGUUUUUGGUGCGAACUCGACGCUGCUGCUGCUUGACAACCGCAUCGAGGGGAAUAGGCACGCACUUAAUUUCCCAUUUAUUGUUGUUGUUGAUGGUGGCGGGGUCAUUGUGAAGGGAAAUAUACUGAGGACAGCGGGGAAUAGCGGUGCGGAAUUAGCUAUUUGCGUUCAUGCUGUUGACGUGAAGAACGGCGGCUACUUUGGCGUGGAGAACAACUUGAUGAGAGCGGUCGUAGGCGUUUGGUUUGUGAAGGUGGCCACCGUGAGCUCCGCGGGGCUGCUGCGAGUGGCGGACUGCACGUUCAUUGGCAAGGAAUAUCUUUUUGAUCCCGCGCUGGUGUAUUUAUCUAACUCUCUCAUCCUUCAGGGUGGAGCGCAGUGGCGUGUAGAGGGCAACAACGUGAGUGCGGCCUCAGUAUUAAGUAUGCCGCGUUCUCAACAAAAAAUUUAUUUGUCAGGCAGCGGCACCACUGUGGUGCUUGCAAAAAACCGUCAGGUGGAAGGAAGUGCAGUCUUUGGGAAUCUUCUUCCACCGAACACGAUUGUGGCGUCGCCCGCGCGAUUUGUGGUGGGGUGCAACCUGCAGUUCGGUGAGGAGGUGUCGUACGACGAUGUGUUUCCAGAGAAAGUGGUGGUGUUCGGGUGCGGCACAUGCAACGACGACGCGGCGUGCUACAUGCCCGGGACGGAGUCGGUGGACCGCAGCUCGUGCUCGUGCAGCUGCAAGGACGGAUGGCAUGGCGCGUCGUGCCUUCCCUUCGAGGUGCCCGACACGGUUGUGCCGCCCUUGCCGGAGAGAGCCGUGGACGGCGACGCGAGCUGCGUGGUGAACCAGACGCUGACGAACCUCACGCUGAACAUGUGGAAGACGCGACACUGCUACGUGGGUGUGACAUUCAGCGGCGUGGGUGCUGUGUUGACAUUCUCUCUCAACAGUAUGCCGCUGCAUCUCCCCAUCAACGUCACGCUCACUGGGUGCACAUUUCUUGAGGGUGCCGUGCUGCGGUUUGUUGGGGGUGCUGAGGCGGUCGAGUCAGCCGGCGUCCUGAUCCGCGUGAGCCAGACGGUGAUACGGUCCUCCGUCGUUGUGUUUGCACUUGCCCUCCCGCAGCACUGCGACAUCGCCGUCACGGAGGUUGACGCGGUGCAGUUCUCUGUCGUCGACAUACCGGACAUUACGAGCAAAACGCUGAGCGUAUUGUUACUGAAGAACGUCGUGCUGAGUGCGUCCUCGCUGUUGGUCAGCAACGUCAAGGCGUAUGGAUCGGAUUACCGCGGGUUUGGUUUGCACUCGGUUGGGACGCUGACGCUGGUGGGUGGCAGCUCGCUGUACGCGCGUUACUUCAGCUUUGAUGGAUACAAACACCUGUUCUACGUGUACAGACUAAGUGUGAGUGAUCACUCUGUUUUUGCGCUGCUCAACAAUACGAUGUCCUCCGGGGCAGGCCUCCUGGUUCAGCAACACGGAUUCAGCGUGUCGGAUCACAGCGUGUUGCGCGUGGUGGGGAACAGGGGUUCCGUGUCAUACGCCAUUUACGCCAACAAGUUGUGGACCGUUGAGCAGUCAAGCUGGUUGGAUUGGCGCGGACACGACGUGGGA